AAAAGAAAGUACAUAUUGUUUAAACUAGGGUUUUAAGUUCACAUCUCACUUCUUCUUCAAACCCUGAAACAAAAAUGUCCACCAUUAAUCGCAUCAUCCGCACCUUCUCUACAUCCACCGCCGCACCACCGGCUAAAUCGAUCUACGACGACCUCUACCAUGAACGAAACCUCAAAAGGCUCGUUCACAAAUUCAAAAACUUUUCACAAUCCCCUUCAUUCCGCAAACAAGCCAACGUGUACGACCAAACAGUCCGCCGUUUAGCCUCCGCCAAGAAACACAAAUGGGUCGAAGAGAUUCUAGAGGACCAGAAGCAAUACAAUGAGAUUUCCAAAGAAGGGUUUGCAGCCAGAUUGAUAUCUUUGUAUGGGAAAGCUGCCAUGUUUGAUCAUGCAUCCAAGGUGUUCGACGAAAUGCCUGAGAGAAAAUGUGAGCAGACUGUUAAGUCUUUUAAUGCACUUCUUGGUGCUUGUGUUAAUGCCAAGAAGUUUGAUAAGGUUGAUGAGAUUUUUAGAGAGUUGACUGGGAAGAUGGGUGUGAGUCCGAAUAUUGUUUCUUACAAUAUAAUGAUCAAGGCGUUGUGUGAGAUGGGUUCGUUUGAUUCGGUUGAUUCUGUGUUUGGUGAAAUUGGAAAGAAUGGGUGUGAGCCUGAUUUGAUUACUUUCAAUACUUUGCUCUUUGGGUUGUAUAGCAACGGGAGGUUUGUUGAUGGGGAGAAGUUUUGGGCCAAGAUGAUGAACGCUAGCGUUUCGCCUGAUAUCAGAACUUAUAAUGCCCGGUUGAUUGGAUUGGCUUCCGAGAAGAAAAUGGUCGUAGCGGUUGAACUGUUUAACGAAUUAUGUUCUAAAAACCUCAAACCAGACAUGUUUACCUAUAACGCUGUGAUCAACGGUUUCUGCAACGAUGGCAACUUACAAGAAGCAAAGAAGUGGUAUGCUAAACUGGUGCAAAGCGAUUCUGCUCCUAAUAAAGCAACGUUCACAACUCUGAUUCCAUUUGCUUGUAAACUGUCUGAUUUUGAUUGGGCUGUGGAGCUUUUUAACCGAACUUUUGAACAUAAGUGUCUGGUGGAUCCGAAUGUGUUGCAACUUGUGGUCGAUGGAUUGGUUAAGGCGUCGAGAACUGAAGAAGCUAAGGAACUUGUGGAGAUUGGAAACUCGAAUAAGUUUAGACGCUACAAUCUGACCAUCCUUGCGGAGGAGUAAUGUGUUAACUUCGAUUCUUGUUUUUUAGACGUUUCAAGAUUAUGAUGAUCAUUGAUCGAAAGAUUAUGGUUUUUAGUUCGUUUUGUCGUUGGGAUUUCUUAUCAGGGAUGUUCUUGUUUUCAUAAAAAUGGAACUGUAUUUGGGUUGCCAAACAAAUGUUGUAUCUUUGAGCUUAUUUGCUUCUUUUUGAUUCUGUAUUAGGGUUUUAUGGUUCUUUUUGGCCAUGUGAAGAUCUUGAAUACAAUAGUUUUGUGAUGUGAUUGUGUA